AUGGACUUUGAAAAAUCUGAGGAGGAAAAAAAGACCGGGGAUCUCCAAACAUUUUUGCGGAGCUGGGGUAUUGAGCAUAAUAUUCGGCAGCAUGCCAUGAAACCGUUGUUGCAGAGAUUAAAUCAACUGGAUUCAAAAAUAUCUACGGAUCCACGUCGUCUAUUAUCAACGCCGCGGAAUAAGAAGCCUAUAUCAUCUAUAGAAGGAGGCCAAUACUGGCAUCAAGGGAUUGAAAUUUGCCUUAGACGGUGCUUCACCAAUUUGAACGAAUCAUGUUCAAUUUUGAUCAACAUCAACAUUGAUGGACUACCCUUGUUCAAUAAUGGAACAGAUCAAGUGUGGCCAAUUUUAUUCAAUAUCCAUAGUAUGCCAGAAAUCGAUCCCAUGGUCAUUGGUGUCUUCCAUGGCCGCUCGAAGCCGAAGAAAAUCGAACAAUUUCUAGAGCCGUUUGCGAGUGAAAUCCUUCCAAUUUUAAAGAAUGGAUUGGUAAUUAACGGGUUUAAGAUGCUUGUGAAAAUUCGAGCAUUUAUUUGUGAUUCACCUGCGCGAGCGUUUAUAAAAGGGGUAGUGAAUUUCAACUCAUUACACGGUUGUUUAAAGUGCUGCACAGUUGGUCAUCAUUCAACUUUAUUACGAACUAACAUAUUUCCCAACACUUCAGCAAUUCGUAGAACUCAUUCUGGCUUUCGAAAAUGGAUGUAUGAAGGACAUUAUCAACACUACAAGAUUCGGGAAAAUGGAAAGUUAUUCAAGCAACCAAUCAUUACUCCGCUGCUAAAGCUACCGAUAGAUAUAGUUGAAGAUGUCAUACAGAACAUCUUCAUCACAGCGAAGGUGUGGUACCUCUCGUCUGUUAUUCCACCGCAAUGUGCUCACACGGUGGAGCUGACAUCAACGGUACGGGGACUUUCCUUUUUCGUGAGCUACCCGCACGAGUCCCAAUGCAGUAGCACGGUGGAUUGA